GUUCGUGUAUCUAGUUAUUUGGUGUUUUGUGAAACAAGUCCUCACGCAGGCUUAACAUAUGGAAAAUGGAGCGAAGAAAACAUGAAGAAAGCAAUAAAACUGUACAAAACGGGAGAAUUUGGACUUAAUGCGAUCUGCAAGAGAUAUCAGAUUCCAAAGCCAACGUUCAAGAGGCAUUUGUUAGGGACAAAUGUCAAAGCAAAGGAAGGACUGAAAUCACUAGGUAGGGUCCAAGUAUUCAGCACCGAAGUAGAGCAGGGGCUAGAAAAUCAAAUCCUGAAAAUGGAAGAAAUUUUCUUUGGACUCACCAUUAAAGAUAUUAGAAGAGCUGCCUAUCAGUUUGCAGAGAAGAAUGGAAUAAAACAUAAUUUCAACAAAGUGAAGGGGACAGCCGGUAAAGCAUGGUUUUAUAAUUUCAUGAAAAGGCAUCCAAAGCUUUCUUUAAGGCAGCCGGAAUCAACAUCGCUAGCUAGGUGCAAGGGAUUUAACAGACAGAAUGUCAAUCACUUUUUGAUAUUUUAGAGAAGUUAGUUGAUCAGUAUAAAAUAGACGCGACAAGGAUUUACAACGUAGAUGAGUCUGGGUUUUCUACAGUUCAGAAAAAAUGCCAAAAAAUAAUUGCUAAAAAAGGAAAGAAAAACGUUGGGGCAGUGGCCAGCGGGGAACGGGGAGUGAAUACCACGUUCAUAGUAUCCACCAAUGCAGCAGGAAACUUUGUAGCGCCUAUGAUAAUUUUUAAAAGAAAAAGAAUGAUGCCAGAACUUGCAGAAGGUGCCACUCCAGGCUGCUUAGUUCAAAUUUCAGACACAGGAUAUAUUAACUCUGAAUUAUUCGUGGUUUGGCUACAUAAAUUUAUUGAAGUGGUGAAGCCAAAGCCCACCCCCGAAGAUAGAGUGAUC